AUGCUACUCCCGACUGAACGGAGAGGAAGAAACGGAAACAGGAACCGCCGCCGCCGCCGCUUAACGGAGCCUUCGGCGCCACUGACUGAGGCAGAGCGCGAGGCGGCGCGAGCCGGGCAGUCGCUGACAGCGCGAGACCGAGAGCGAGCCGGGUCCAGGGCGCGCGACCCCGAGCAGUGCCGGCCCCAUUCCGCGGGGAGAGGAAGGGACGGGUCGGCUGGGGCCAGGAGGGCGGGCAGGAUGGGGAGGGGGCCUGGAGCGGAGGGAACCGGCUCCUCGGGUCGGCUGGAGAUAACGCGCGCACGCGCCGGAGCGGCUCUGACAACGAGCGCAGGCGGGGAAGCCUCGGCCAGCGCCGGCGUGCGCGCGCGAAUGGGGGCGCGCGCCCCUCGGCGUUCCUGGCUUCUGGGAGAGGGCGCGCAUGCGCCGGCCGCUGCCACCUACGGCGACCCUGGCAUGUGCCAGGGCUUCUCCCCGCCCCCUUCCUCGCUGCGCCCGUGGAGAGCGUAGCAGCAGCAUCCACCGCCUAGCAGAGCCGCGGGCCACAGCGGGACCGCACAGUUCCAGCAGAGCAGCGGCUGCGCACGCGGGUGCCGGCUCGCACACAGGCGUAGGCCGCCCUCUACCGCCUGAAGGCCGGAGGCUGAGCGGGGCGCGAGCGGAUCCCGGAUCCCGGGAGGAGAGCCGCCUCCAGAGAAUGCCGUGCUCCCUACAGCGCCAGGAACGGACCGGCCCGUGCCAGCUCAGUCGGCGGCCCUAGGGGGCACCCGCACUAGAGGUUUUGAAGCUGGCUCCUUGCUACUUUUAGGGGUCGGCGCUGCUGCUGCUCAGCCCCUGCAGUCCGCAUUUGGCCGCUUGGCUGCUGCUUCCAGCGCUAUCAUACAAUGGCAUCGCUCCCCCAGGAGACUCAGCGAAGCCCUACUUUAUCUUGUGAGAGCUGUUUCCACAUUCGCUCGAAAAGAAAGACCCCCCACGAGGUCCUGAGUUCGAUGCCCGGCCUCUCCCGACCCGCGGCUGCGACAGCCCCUCUGAGGCGGAAGUUUAUUUAGUACGGAAAGAGAACAGCACGGGGAGAGGGGAGAGGCUUUGCCCUAGGAUGCGUCCUACCCGCUCGGACUCGGAAAAUUCCCGGCGCCCGCGAUGCAGAGCAGUGGGCCGAAGGGCUGCCUCAGAACAGCCCAGACCGCCAGCUGAGCGGGAGGACCUGAGCGCGCCGCCCCAGCACACAAAGUAGUCGCGGGCCGAGGGGUGCCGCCGGGGCCAAUCAGAGCCGCGCGCCGCGUGAGUGGAGUGCGAGCCGGCCAAUCAGAGGGCCGAAAGAUGAGCUUCCCGUUCUAAACUCUUCCCUGUAGCCUUGGGACCCAGAUCCCAAGCCUGGGGCGCUUUACGGUGGGAGAGCGAAAUGGUGCCCUGAAGACAAGACUCAUUUCUCUAGGCUUGGGCAUUUUAAAGUACAUACCGGGGAUACUUAUCCCAAAGCAAGUAGCGGCGGCCUUUUAGAUGUUAAAUAUUAAAAGAUCACAGAAAAGA